CCAACAACUAAAAGCAGAGUAAAUGUUGUCCUGAAUAAAUCAAAAAUGGUCAAGACCUAACUCCCUUGCUAUCCAUCCAAAACCAAAGUUCAUCGGUCUCGUCACGUCAUUAUCAGACAUAGAAUAGUCCACCCUAGAAAGAGUGAGACUAAUCGUUGAAACUGUGAGAGCAUAGAGGCUAUUAGCGGCUGAAUCAGCCCGAUUGCCUCCAAACAGUAAUCUAUCAACUAAAAUCCACCAAAACACCAAUCUACCCCCCUUAUUGCUUGUCAAAGAGAACAAAAUAUGAAUAGUAAAACAGUCUGGACUGAAAAUAAAAAACUAAAAAAAGUAAAUAAGUCUUCCAAACCCUAGUCGCACAAAUCCUCCACGGCGAUGGUUCAAGAGGGGAACGGAUUUUCAUUACUUCAUCUUUUUCAUUCAUCACUUUCAUAUGCCCACAAGUCGUCUCCCUCUCUUGGCCAAAAAAUUGCACGAGCAAAAUCAGUCCAAAAGCGAAAUGCCUCCACAUCCCUUGUUUCAAUGCUCAACAAUUUGUCCUCUGCUGUGGAUCUACAAUACUACAAACAAAACUCUGCUACGGAACACUACCACAAGGCUCUGCCGCGGAGGUGCUCACCAGGUGGUCUUUUCCGAAGCAUCAAUCCCCUUGUAGCUCGCCAACGGCUGAAGACGAAGCUUCCCACAACUAUGCCGACGUCGGAAAUCAAUCCUCACGGCCCAAAACUCAACCCUAGACUUUGCUAGGAACUACCACUUUUAGAGAGAGAAUUUUUUACAUCCUUACUACCAAUCGAUAUUAUAUAUAUA